AUGGAUUUCAGACACAGACGGCAGGGCUUGACAACAAGAUACAAUCACAAUACUAUAGCUGGACAAGAACUAAGUCAGCAUGGAAAGACAAUCACGAUAAGAGAAGAUAGAGACAACAAUACGAUUUUUAUAAAUCAAUCAAAUUUUCAAACUAAUACAAAUUAG